GCGGGAGCGCGAGACCGCGAGAGCGCGGGCUGGAGGCGAGUCGCGCGCCCGGAACCGCCGCCGCUGCCGGAUUUACUUUUCUAUACUUUUUUGGAUCUGUUUGUGUCCCCGGAGGAGCGUCGGCUGCAGAUUAAUUUUGGAAAAUGCCAAGCAGGAAAUUUGGUGAUGGUGAGGUAGUAAGAGGACGUUGGCCUGGGAGUUCACUUUAUUAUGAGGUGGAAGUACUUAGUCAAGAUAGCAAAUCCCAUCUUUACACUGUGAAAUACAAAGAUGGAACUGAACUUGAAUUGAAAGAGAGUGACAUAAAGCCUUUAACAUCAUUUAGGCAAAGGAAAAGUGGUUCUUCAUCUAGUUCUCCUUCUAGACGCCGUGGGAGUCGAUCUCGUUCUCGAUCCCGUUCCCCUGGCCGUCCUCCAAAAAGCCUACGUCGUUCUGCUUCCCAGCAUGCAGAAAUUAAAGAAAAGAAGGAAAUGUUGGAAAUCAACUUGACUCCAUUGAAACAAAGUGGAAACAGUAUUAGCAGAUACAACGGUGAACCUGACCGAAUAGAAAGGAAUGACAUAGCUCACAGAAACAUUCAGAACAAAUCUUAUUUAUCACAAGAAAGCAGCUAUCUGGCUACGCAAUAUAGCCUUCGCCCAAGAAAAGAAGAGAUCAAAUUUGAAGAAAUAAUUUCUAAAGAAGAGAGAAAUAUUACAAAAGGACCAAAAUCCUUAAGAACUUUUGAAAUGACAGCUACAGAACCAGAGGAUUUCGAAUUUGGAGGAGGGUUUGGAGCUUUUUCCAUUAUGAUUGGUCUGCCGGUUAUGCUCUUUAUGUUAUUGUUGAUGUGUAGGGAAGAGGAUCCCAGUCUUGCGAAUCUUCCUCCUCCUCUGCCACCUUUGGCUAAUUUAUGGGAAACCAGAGUGUUUGGAGUCUGUCUACUCUGGUUUUUUCUCCAAGCUCUCUUCCAUCUCCUGCCAAUUGGAAAGGUAGUAGAAGGAACACCUCUUUGUAGUGGAAGAAGACUAAAGUAUAGAUUAAAUGGAUUUUAUGCUUUUAUUUUGACAUCUGUAGUCAUUGGAACAUCUCUGUACUGGGGGAUAGAGCUCUAUUAUGUGUAUGAUCACUUCCUUCAGUUUGCAGUUGCAGCUACAGUCUUUUCUGUAGCCUUGAGCAUUUAUCUUUAUGUCCGAUCCUUGAAAGCACCCAAGGAUGAGCUGUCUCCAGGAAAAUCAGGAAAUAUUGUGUAUGAUUUCUUUAUUGGCCGUGAAUUAAAUCCACGAAUUGGACAUUUUGACCUCAAAUAUUUCUGUGAAUUGCGUCCAGGAUUGAUUGGUUGGGUCGUUAUUAACUUGAUAAUGCUUUUGGCGGAAAUGAAGGUCCAACAGCGUGAAACCCCAUCUGUAGCAAUGGUAUUGGUUAACAGUUUUCAACUUGUGUAUGUGGUGGAUGCUCUCUGGAAUGAGGAGGCUUUGUUGACAACUAUGGACAUUAUACAUGAUGGAUUUGGGUUCAUGUUAGCAUUUGGAGAUUUGGUGUGGGUACCGUUUGUCUACAGUCUACAAGCCUUUUAUUUAGUCCGUCAUCCUAAUGAAGUUUCUUGGCUUUUUGCAUCCAUUAUUAUUGCUUUAAAACUUUCAGGGUAUGUAGUAUUCCGUUGUGCAAACUCUCAGAAAAAUGCAUUUCGGAAAAAUCCCAAUGAUCCCAAUUUGGCACAUCUAAAAAUUAUUCAUACUUCAAGUGGAAAGAAUCUUCUAGUGUCUGGUUGGUGGGGUUUUGUUCGACAUCCCAACUACUUGGGUGAUCUUAUUAUGGCCCUGUCUUGGUCUCUACCAUGUGGCUUUAAUCAUAUCUUGCCAUAUAUCUAUGUGAUUUAUUUCACCAUCUUGCUUAUCCACCGAGAAGCUCGUGAUGAACACCAGUGUAAGAAGAAAUAUGGUUUGGCAUGGGAAAAAUACUGUCAACGUGUGCCAUAUCGUAUAUUUCCAUACAUUUACUAAGCUUUUGUUUUAAACUCUUAAUUGCUUCUGCAGUUCUAGCUUCCCUGCAAACAAAACAUACCUCUUAUCUUCCCAUUGGGUCUGUAGGUAUUUUGUUUUUUAUUUGUUUUGUUUUCUAAAGAAAUACAUAAUAGAACAAAUAGUCAUAAAUAUGUAAGAAAUAGGUCUGUCAGGUCAAGUUAGAUUUGUUGCCCAUUUAGUCACUGAAAUUAGCCAGGAUUUUCACAUAAUUUGUUUUAAUAAACUUAAGGGAAAAUAAAAUCAGAGUACAGAUAUUUGAAUUAGCUUUUAAUGGAAAUUUUCCUGUUCUUAAUAUAUGAAAAGAGGACAGUCUUGUGGUAAAUGCAACAAACAAAAUGGAACUUCUGAUUUCUGAAUUGGGUUCCUAGCUUUUCAGAUUUGCAUUUCUGGUUUGAUAAUUGAUUUCAUUUUUUAAAAAUAGUGUGACUCAGUUUUUAGAGUGUGUUUUAACAGCUAGUUAUAUUUUUGUUUCAACUGUUAGAAUAGGAUUUUCAUUAAUUUCAAUAAGUGAAUCAUUUGCUUGAUUCCUUGAGUUAAAAUUAAAACUGAUUGUGUGUUCAGUGCUGAAAAUACCAAGGUGUAAGGAAGUAGUAAUUUAGUAGCAGGACCUGCAGAAAAGAAAAAAGUAACAGCUUGCUUACUUAAAAGUCUAAACUUACUUUAAAAAUGUAAAUACAUAGCUUUCUUUGUGUAUAAUAUGAUAACUUCAUAUAUAUAUAUAUUUUUUGUACAGUGUUUUGAAUGUGAGGUGCAUUUGCUUAUUUAGGACCAGGAAUAUCUUUUAACAAAACAAAAACAAAAAAAACCAAAAAAACAAACAAAAAAAAAGUUUUCAGUAUUUUUUAAUUGUACUUUUAUGAAAGUUUUAUAAAGUAAUGUAUUGAUAUGAAAUUAAAGUUUUUUAAACAAUCUGACUUCACUUAAAUAUUGCAUUGGAAAAUGCUAUGAAAACAUAUAGGAAUCGUAAUUUUAAUCCAAAGUUUGUGAAUUUGGCUUUGCUACCUCAAUUAUAGGUUCUCAGUUGCCUUUUAUACUAUUACAAAUAAGUAAAAAUAGUUUGGAUAUAUAUUUAUAUUUUUGGAAUAACAUCACUAUUUAAACAUUUUUUACAUGAACCUGUGGUUGAAAACUUGCCAUUUCGGACUAAUAUUUUUGUAUAUUUUUGACUUUUGUAAUUAAACACUGUGUUUGCUACUGUUCAUUUUUGCAGUUUAUACUAUAUUUUGUGUAUGCAAUAGCUACAAAUUCUACUUCAUUGCUGUGAUUUUGUUUUUAAAAUUGCUAUUUUUCACCUUUGGAAUCUUCAUCUGCACAUGAAUUGAGCAUGUUUAAAAUGUAUUUCUUUGAUUUUAUUAGAAGUAUGUUUUUAUGAAACAUAAAAUCUGUCUUAAAAUCUAGUUAAAUUUAUUGGGGUCCAUCACUAGCUGUCAGUGGUGAAAUGGUAGCAAAGUCAUAAAAUGUGAAAGGGUUUCUGUUAAACUGAGAUUUUUGUGUUAAAAGUUAAAAUAGUUCCCAGUGUCUUAAAUAUAUGGCAAUGUAACAAAAAUCUAGUGUGUAUGUUGGGGUUUUUAAUUUUACAUUUUGUAUAUGAGCCAUUUGGAUUUGUAGUGUCUUGUACACUGCGAUUUGAAGUAUAUGUAGCAUAGCUUAUUAUAAUACGAUCAUGAUUUUUUUUUUCCUCAAGCACAUUGCAACCUGCAGCUUUUGAAUAUUUCUUUUGGGAAAAAUUGUCAGAUGUCACUUCAAAAUGUUUAUAUAGUCACUGAUGUAUGCAAGUAGUUUUUUUUAAAAUUACAGAUAUUUUCCUUUCAGUAUUAAAAAUAGCACUGUCUAUGAUAUAGACCAUAUAGUCUAUAUUACAAUAAUUAAAUGAGUUUGGGGAGAGGGAUAAUAUAGGCUAUUUAAUUAAUCUUCCUGGUGGUGAAAACAAACUUUCCUACAUGGUGACAUUAUUUCUGAGUGACAUUAACUAUCUUGUCUUCCUUUUCUUUUCAAUUUUGGACACAAAUUGAUAAGUAGAAGUUUUUAUAAUAAAAUUUAAGUUGAAA